UGAAGAUGGUGGCGGUGUGUCAGACUCACUGUCCUGCACAUUUAUAACAAUAUAUUUAUUUUUGUACACAUUUCCGACAUCGGAAGCCACCAGAUUGAAAAUGACCUUCUGGCAAAAAUCUUCUGUGAUCUAAAAGCAGCUUUGCCUGACUUCAGUCUCCUCAGUGAACAUCUACUAGAGUGACCUGGUCCUCGGACCUGUUAGCUCUGCAGCCAUGCAGCCCCCUCCUCGGACUGGACCUCCAGGGGCCUCUGGCCCACCUCCUUCUGGGCCCAAUAUGUUCCGCAGGACCAGGCCUCACAAGCAUACAGCUGCGGCUACUGCUGCAAUGCCACCUGCUACUCAACCCAUGACGGACCCUUUUGCUUUCGUUCGAGCUCCUCCCCCUAUGGCUGCAGGUGGUCUCCCAACAAUACCCAACAGCAACCCUCCACCAAUGCAAGCCCCACCUAACACCAUGUACUCUCAAGCUGGCUCAGGGCUGCCUCCACAGCCACAGACACUGGAGGAUGUCCCAGCUGCUCCCCCUGGUCCCCCACCAUCCUCUCUGCCAGGGGUGACACUGUUCAACCCUCACAGUACAGCCUCCCCUGGUGCUUACCCAGCACCCAGUCCCGCAGGAUAUGCAUCCUCACAUAAUGAACAGGGCUAUUUUAACUCAACUGAACAGACACCAUCUACAGCCACAGAGCCACCAUCUGCAGCCUCAGCCCCAGCACCGUGUCUGACACCUUUUAACCAGGAAUUUCAAGGACAGCCUCCUCCUCAGCCUGUGCCCUUCCAGCCUGUGCCUCCCACCACCUCUUAUUCCCAGUGGGCCCCUGAUCAAGGAAGUCGCCCUCCAUCAGUUCAGAACUAUUUUCAGCCUACUAGCGACCCUCCAUCUCAACCUUUUAAUUUACCUCCGCAGACCCAGAUGUACGCCCCUCACACCCCAUCACCCCAUCACAACGCCCCCACCCCUCCAACACAACCUGGACAUCCCCAGAUUCAGGGUCCUCAUCCCCCCCUGAACCCUGUAAAUGCCCCUAGUUCUCAAUGGCCUGACCCAAAUGCUUCUCAGCAGCAUAAUUCCCACUUCCAGAGCUACUUCAGUCAGAGCUCUGCCCCCCAGGACUCAUGGUUCAACCAGCCUCCACAGGACUCAGGCUACCACCAAAUGGGGACUGGCCUAGCCCAUCCUCAGCCCCGGCCUGACUCUGCUGCAUCUCAACAUGCGCCUAACACUGGGCCUGGGUCUAUUUCUGCUCCUGCCCCUGCCCCAGUCCCAUACUCUCAGGAGUCUGGUACACUGUCAAUGUUCUUCAAAGACAAUGAUGUGGAAAAUGAAGAAACACUGGCUGGAGAGAGAAAUAAGGCAGUGAAUGGUAUUCCUGGAUCCUUUCAGCAUCACAACAACCCGCAGGCCCACAGUGGCCACGCAGAUGCUCCUUUAGAUUACCAAGGGCCUCCUCUGCAAGAUCAUUCACACCUUCCAUACAUGAAUGACGGCAACCAUGCACCACAAGGGACUACCCAAAAGCCCCCUGACUCCCAGUACGACCAUGUGGAGAAUUUGGAGUGUGUUCCGAACCAGGAAGUAUUACCAAGUGAAACCCAUAGCAGCCCUGCUGCUACUGCAGCCCAUGGAGUAGACCAGUUUGAAACUGGGCCUAACCUGGAGACUCCAGAUUCUAUUCCAAGACCGAUUAGAUCUGCCAGCGUGUCAUCCAACUAUAGCAAUAUGAGCCAUGGAAGUGGUAGUGGCACUCGUCGGCAUCACGGAGUAGUAGGUACCUUUAUUCAGCAGGAAAGUCCGCGUCUCACUGAUGAUGCUAACCUGCCUGCUGCCACUGGAGGCUACUUUGAGCAGAUUGACACUUCUCCAGCUGGAGAUAUGGGUGCGCAACAGAGCUCCAUGGAGCAAACAUGGCCUCCCACACCAAGCCCCCCCAAACCCACUGGUAUCUUUCAGGCCAGUGCUAACAGCUCUUUUGAACCUGUGCGCUCACAUGGGGUUGGAGUGCGUCCUGCCGAGGUUGAUAGGGCUAAAAUGGUAGCGGAAGGGGGUGCGGAUUCUACACCUGGCAACCUGGAGCAGCCACCAGAUAAUAUGGAAAAUAUUUAUGGCCCAGGACAUCCCCUGCCUGCUGGGGCUGGAGGUGGUGUUCCCCAUCUGACGCACCCAGUGGUUCAUUCUCACUCUCGACCUUCAUCCCGUGCUUUUGGGUCCAGUCGGCCCUGUGAGAGCCCUGCCACUACUCUCUGGGCUCAGCAUGAUCCUCCUAGCUUGGGCGCUAACAUCCUCCUUGCACCUGCUGCUCCAACAGUUCUCGCUCCUUUAAGAGAGCCCAGUGCUGAUGUCAUCCAACCUCCAGAGGAUGGACCUCUGGAUCUGCAGCCCCCCCAGAGUGUCCAACCAGCUACGCAGCAGCACUCAGAGAACCUUGAGAACCCACCAAAGGUGAGUGAGGCAGAGCCAACUGAUCCUCAAGGCAACCUGGGCUAUGCGUCUCUCCUUGUGUCCGACUCGCUCCACCAGCCUGUCUUGAUUGCCCCGCCGGUGUCUAAUUACAAUGUAAUUCCCAGCAGCCCUGCUCAAGCACCCAGUCAAAGUAGCCUUAGGGAAACUACCCCCCCUGUGCGACCUCUUUCACAGGGACAGGGUGCCAGUACCUCCCAGCCACCUUCAGUAACCUCUAAUCAGAAUCCAUUGUUUACCCCCGGACCUAUAAGCUUCAAUUCUUCAGCCUCUAACCAGGGCCCUCUCAACCUAACCCGAGACAACACAGAAGCAGCCCCAUCAGACAUCACAGCCCCGCCGCAGUCUCAGCCAGUCCGCCCUCCUCUUUCCAGGGGACAAUCAUUGGGUGGAGACAGCCACUCUUCUCUCCAAGUUAAUCCACAAGCUUCUCUCUCGACUGCUGCUGUCUCUAAUCACAAUCAGCCAUCAAAUUAUGAACUGCUUGAUUUUUCUAUGCACCAAUCACAAGCCCAAAAUCAAGCAUCUGGCCAUCCUUCUUCUCAACACGAGUCUCCACAGUCUAGUAAUGGAUUUUACCUACAGGUCACCAAAGAUGCUCAGCAGGGGGGAAGAGUGAUAGGGAACGCUCCUGUCCAGACCCCGGCUUCUUCUUCUACCCCACAGGUUCCACCAGCAGCCUCCCAAGCAGCUGCAAACAUCCAGCCGCCACCGGCAGAACCUCCUAAGACAUCAGAUUCUCAGGCUGCACAGCAGGGACAAAAUGAUGCUCCUCCUGUUCCAAUGAGUGCAGCACAACCUCCCCAUGACCAGUAUCCACCUCCAGCACAGGGGCCAGCCGCCGGGAGUGCUCCUCCUCCUCCUCCUGCUGGUGCAUACCCUCCAGGGCCUCGAGGACCAGUACCUUCAGGUGCUUCCCAGCCAGCUCCUGUAGAGCCACCUCGACCACCCUCCUCUGCAGGCAGCCAGCAAAGCUACGGGCCGCCUCCUCCUGGGCCGGGGCAGACGUAUGGUGGUUAUUAUGGUAAUUAUGGGGAAUACCCAGAUAGCAGAGCAGCUUAUCCUCCUGGCCAGUACCCGCCGCCACCUGGGGAUCCUAGAGCACAGCAAUAUUAUCAAGAUGGGCCAUACAGGGGCAGAGGAGAUCCUUGGUAUGGCAGAUAUGAAGGACAGGCCGCAGCGUAUCGUGAUCCAAAUUACCAGUACAGAGAGCCUCAGGCAGAACGACCCAGCUCCAGAGCCAGUCAGUACUCUGACAGGCCUUCAUCCAGGCAAGGCUAUCCUGACGAUUACCACAGAGCAAACCGAAGUGCCUAUAAUGAAUAUUAUGCAGAUUACGCCAAGCACUAUGAUUAUGGAGGAUACAACUAUGGACAGUAUGACCCGCGCUACAGAGGAUACUAUGAUCAGUCCUACUGGGCUAAUUAUGAUGACGGCUACAGAGGGAGAGACAACUACUAUAAUCAACAGGCGUACCCUGCCAGGAAAGAAGGCUAUGAUGAUCAGUGGCGCUACUAUCCUGGUUAUGAUGCCAGUUUCGAUGAUGAUUACCGUCGGCGUGGAGAUGUGUAUGGCGACGAUUUUGACAGACGCAGCGUCCACAGCGAGCAGUCGGCACACAGCGUGCACAGCUCCCACAGCCACCACAGCAGACGCAGCAGCUUCAGCUCACGAUCACAACAGAGCCAGGUAUACAGAAGCCAGCCCGACUUAGUGUCAGCAGUCUAUGAUACCACAUCAUCCACUUUGGCUGUGGACUACUCCUAUGGACAGUACCCGAACCAGACUGAUCCGACCCAAAACUACAGCCAGUACCUCUAUCCCUCUGAGUACCCCACAGAGAGCACCUGGAUCGCCCCCGAGCAACCUCCUCCUCGUCCUGCAACCCCAGAGAAGUUCACCAUACCCCACCGCUGUGCCCGCUUUGGACCUGGUGGUCAUUUGGUCCAAGUUCUGCCCAAUCUCCCCUCAGCUGGACAGCCUGCUCUUGUUGAUAUCCACAGCAUGGAGACGAUGCUGCAGGAUACCCCAGAUCAGGCAGAGCUACGAACUUUCCCUGGACCUCUUGUCAAGGAGGAGACUCAUAAAGUGGACGUGAUAAAGUUCUCCCAAAACAAAGCGCUUGAAUCUGCUCGUGACAACAACAUCCUGGACAGAGAUUCGGCCCGCCUGCUCUGGGAAUUCAUCAUGCUUCUCUGUAGACAGAACGGGACCGUGGUUGGCACGGACAUAGCUGACCUCUUGCUGAAGGAGCACCGCUCUGUCUGGCUACCGGGCAAGAGUCCUAAUGAAGCCAACUUGAUUGAUUUUAACAACGAGCCGCUGGCACGAGCUGAGGAGGAGCCGGGAGCUGGACCACUGUCCCUGCUAUCUGAUACCUUCAUGACCGUCCCAGAGAACCUUGGCAAGGAAACAGAACGCUUCAGGGAGCUGCUACUGUUUGGCCGCAAGAAGGAUGCACUUGAAGCUGCCAUGAAGGGAGGUCUCUGGGGACAUGCACUGCUGUUGGCCAGUAAGAUGGACAACAGGACACAUGCGCGUGUCAUGACAAGGUUUGCCAACAGUUUGCCCAUCAAUGACCCUCUGCAGACAGUGUACCAGCUGAUGUCAGGGAGGAUGCCUGCAUCAGCCACUUGCUGCGGAGAGGAGAAGUGGGGUGAUUGGCGCCCUCACCUGGCCAUGGUGUUGUCUAACCUCACACACACCCUGGACUUGGAUACUCGCACAAUCACCACCAUGGGUGACACCCUCGCUUCCAAGGGGCUGAUUGAUGCCGCACACUUCUGCUACCUAAUGGCCCAAGUCGGUUUGGGAGUUUUCACAAAGAAGAGCACCAAGAUGGUUCUGAUUGGCUCCAACCACAGUUUGCCGUUUUACCAAUUUGCAACCAAUGAAGCAAUCCAGAGGACUGAAGCCUAUGAAUAUGCUCAAUCUCUGGGCUCCCAGCCGUGCUCACUACCUAAUUUCCAGGUGUUCAAGUUGAUCUAUGCAUGCCGCUUGGCUGAAGCUGGCCUGAGCGCUCAGGCCUUCCACUACUGUGAAGUUAUUUCUAGGACUGUCCUCAUGCAGCCGUCCUACUACUCUCCUGUUUUCAUCAGCCAGAUUAUACAAAUGUCGGAAAAGCUGCGAUUCUUUGAUCCACAACUGAAGGAGAAGCCGGAGCAGGAGUUGUUCAACGAGCCAGAAUGGCUGAUCCACCUCAGACAGCUGGAUGGACAAAUAAGGACGGGGGCAAUUACAUACAAUGAAGACAGAGCAACACCUGCACAGUUUCACUGCAGCAGCCCCAGCUGUGACUCAGAGGAGGCCAGUCCACCUGAACCUUACAACAUGCCUGUGGAGUUGGAUGGCCCCGCCCCUGACAACCCACUGAUGAGCACAUUACUCCCCGGGCCUCCACAGCAGGGAGUACAGCUGAUGCCUCCAGCUCCCACCUCUAUCCUCCAAGAUGGGAUGGCUCAGCCUUUACCCGCCGGUGAUGUUCCCCAGUUCUACCCAGUACCCCCCAGCGGACCGCCAGGCCAGAUUCCCGUCCCAGGCUACCCUCCACAGGAUCCUGGUUUCGCCCCGCCUCCCUUCCAGCCUCAAAAUGAGCAGAUAGAGAUGUUCCCAGGAGCUCAUCAACAGCAGUGUCCCCCACCUCAUCAAGUGGGCCAAAUGUCACCACACAUGCCACCCCCUCAGGGGCCACAUUCACCUAUACGAAUCAACCCCCCGCCACUCCAGAUGCCUCAACACAUGCCUCAGCAUAUGCCCCCUUCUCCCGGGCACAUGCCACCUGCAGAGCAGAUGUCCCACGCCCCACCAGAGAUGCACCCCACCCAACCAAUAUCAUCCUCCCCACCCACCAGCUCCUUCACACCAGACCUCUAUGACCACAUGGCCCAGUUGGGUGCUGGCAGGAGAUCGAGGACUACUUCACAAUCUUCAAUGCAUAUGGCUUCAGGACGUCGCUCUCGCACCACCUCCGAAUCUUCCACUCACUCUGGUGGAAGAGAGCGGAGCAACUCGGCCGUCAAGCAGGCCUCUCCACCUCCGCCUUCAAUUCCCGAGCAGCCUAUCAAAGAAGAGGCCAAGAAAGCCAAGAAAGACUCUCCGAAAAAGGGUGGUGGUGGAGGUGGAGGUGGCGGCUGGAUAAAGUGGCCCUGGAGGUGGAAGAAUGAAGCUCACCUGCCAGAUGACAAGAAUAAAUCUAUUGUUUGGGAUGAACAGAAGCAAAGAUGGGUUGACUUGAAUGAGCCUGAAGAGGAGAGUAAGCCCCCUCCACCACCUCCCGCUGGCUUUCCCAAGAUGCCUCAGAUGCCUGGCCCUGGAGGGCCUGCUGCACCGCUGAGCAGCGGUCCUCCUGUCAACAUGUUCUCCAGGAGAGCAGGCACAAAGAGCAGAUAUGUGGAUGUUCUGAACCCCAGCAGAGCUGCUAAACCGGGCGGAUUAGCACCUGCUCCUGCAGACAUCUUCGCUCCUUUGGCACCAAUGCCGAUGCCCGCUAACCUAUUUGUGCCUAGUUCAGCUCCUGACGAUCAACAACCUCUGGAGGGCAGUGAAGGAGGAAACCAGGAGCAGAAUUCACCAAACACCAGCGCUGCUCCACAGAUGUUCAACCCAGUGUUGCUACCACCUGCCCCAGAGGGUCCUCCCGUGCCUGAUGGCUCACAGUCCGGAGAGCUCUCACGUUCUAGCUCAAUGAGUUCUUUAUCACGCGAAGUGAGUCAGCAUUUAAACCAGAGUCAUCCUGCCCAGGGAACUGCUCCCACCGGAGGCGUUACCUUUUAUAAUCCUGCACAGUUUGCACAGACAAGUGCACCAUCGGGAGGUGGACACCGCGCUGGACGUUUGGGCGGUCAGCGCCAGUACCCUGUGUUGAAAUAAAAAACAUCUUGCAGAGAGAUUGUGUAAACAGACUUGUUGAACAGAGCGAUAUCCGACCAGGAAGGAAAUCAAGCACACGGACUUACUGAUCUCUGCCUAAAAGUUCCUUCAUUUUUGCCCGCACCUAAGAAGAGCAUAAUCACAGUCUCCAUCAUGUCGAUCUUUAACCACUCAUUAAUUUUUUCUUUGGUUCAGUAAUGGUCACUGGUGUUUUGUUUAGUUUUUUGAACAGGGACUGUGAUUUCUUGAAGGGCUUUUUUCCUGCAUCCAUACAGAAAACAGACAGUUGUGUAAUGAGUUUUAACACACACACAUAAAGGUUUCAUACAAAAACUGUCAUGUACAGUAAAAGCGUCGCUCCUGUAAGCUGUCCCCUCAAAUCUAACACUUAACAGAAUCAUCAUCCCUGAUCCUGUUUUAGGUUUGUGUCGCAAGUCCACAUGUCCAUGUUUGACUGAAUGCGUGAUGGAUAGAAAGAAAGUGGCACCUUUUAAUUUCAUAUUGUGGACUCGUAUGUGCAUUCGCAGCUCUUCAGUGUUCUCCUGUCAACCGGAGACGGCAUUUCGUGUGAGAAUGAAUUGUGUCAAUAAUGAAUUGUCUGCUGUGUUGUUUGCUUUUUCCCAAGUCGCCCUCAAGAAAAAGACAGAGGUUGGAUAAAACAGCAGGGACACCAGAGAGUUUGAAAAGAGUCUGCAGUGUUAGGGUGCUGCCCGUUUCAGAUAUUUAUUUAAAGGUCCUCCUGCCCAUCAACAGCUCUUGAUUUGUGUCAGAGUCUUUCGUCCAAGUUAGGCUUGAGUUUCUCCGCUUGAGAAAUUUGACAGAAUCACUGAAACGAGGGGCGGUCACCAGAACAGCAGGAAUUGGGAUUAAAAAUUGCAUUUUAAAUGUCGCUACAAAUAAAUCUAUCCAAAUAUUUGUAUAUCAGAUUGAUUGUAUUUAUGAGCUGUAGGCAUAAAGGCGCGUGUGUGUGUGCGUGUGUGUGUGUGCGUGUGCGUGGAGAGCAACUAAUUUUUUCUGAUUAGCUUUGAAAAAAUGCAUUUAUGAUUCACCAGAGAUGACGUGGAUUCAUAUUCUGAUCGUUUGUAUUGGCCGCUUCUGCAGACAAAUAAAUCUUUAUCUAAAUUGUGAAACGAGAGUUAAUUGUACUCUAAAUACUUCCUUGUCAUUUUAAUUCGCUGAUGUGAUUUUUAAUUCAAUCAUUUGUCAUCCCGAAUGUUUGAUUCAGUAGUUUUUGUAGACAUCAGGUUAUGAUUUUAAAAGGUCCCCCUUUUGUUUCAUAGGAGGAAUUGUUUUUCCCUGAAUGUUUUAGGAUUCCUCGUGUAAAAGUCUUUACAUAAGACAGUAAAUACAGAAGGUGAAAACAAAAUGGUAAUAAAGUUAUUUUUUGCGCUCUGUA